GAAAGUGAGUUACAGAUAUUGCCCACCAGUCUAGUCAAAACCUACCUACCCUAAAAAAAUCCAAUUUGAUGAAGCCUUUCCAUGACAUCCUGCAAGUUGUAACAGAAAGGGUGGUGUAAAAGUUUCUACUGCAUGUUGUGCCAGGUAGAACAAUAAGAUAUGCCUCUAAAUCUCCUCUAAGUUUCGAGCAGUGUCACAUUAGAGGCUAAUUUAUCACUGUGAUUGUGAGUUCUCACGUUUUUUUUCUGUGCACAAACUUUGGCAAGUGAUGUGAGGGUGAACUGAAAAUCUCAUAUGUAAGUCAGGGUAUCAGAUGAUGUGUAAAAUUUAAUUUUAACUUUAAAGGUGAGAAGGCUGCUUCACACUGGUGUUGCUUGGUGUUUUGUUUUGUUUUUUUUCUGAAGCUUGAAAAUUGCCUUCUAAAAACAAAACAGCUGCCUUUCCUGGUGAGAGGUUGUUGUGGGCUGGGGGAGCUGGAUCCCACUAAACUCCUCUGCCCCAGUACUGCACUGGCCAAGUGGUUGGAUGCAGGGGGUUGCUUUGCGCUGAUUUCCUUUUACCCAAUUAUGCUUUGUGGGAUGUUCAACCCAAGGAACAUGGCUGAACGAAAGAGGAAGCCCAAGUUUUCCAAGGAGGAACUGGACAUUCUGGUCACUGAGGUGACCCGAAAUGAAGCCAUGCUGUUUGGGCGGGAGACGGUGCGUCUGUCCCAUGCUGACAGGGACAAGAUCUGGGAAGGCAUAGCCAGGCAGAUCACAUCAGUCAGCCAGGUCCCCAGGUCUGUAAAAGACAUUAAGCACAGAUGGGACGACAUGAAGAGAAGGACCAAGGACAAACUGGCAUUCAUGCAGAGGUCCCUCUCCAGCCCCGGCAGCGCGGGGCGACCUUCGGCCAUCGUCCUGACCACCCAUGAGAGAGCCAUCGAAUCGGCGCUGCAUUCCUCACACCAGAGACACGGCUGCCAGAGAGUGGAUCUGGACGUGGUUGACAGCCCAUCGACGAGCUCUGAUGAAGAUGAAGAGAUGCCAGGCACUUCUCAGGAACACCACUUCGCUUCGCUGCAGAGGGCUGGUGCAGGUGUCAAUCCGUUCUCCAGGCCCUCCCUCCUUCACACUUCUUCCUCAUCAGAGCCCUCAGGAGCUGCCAGCCAAAGGCAGGAACUGCACUGUCCAUCCCCACGCACCACCUCGGCCUGCAGACCCCCGCACCCCCGCACCAGGAGCCCGCCCCUCUCCAGCUUCGAUCGCCAGCUUCUCCAUUGCCAUGCGCAGCAAGCAGACCUGUUCAGGCAGUUCUGCCAGGAGCUGGUGGCCAUCCAUAGGGACAUAGCAGAUAGCAUGCAUGCCGUCAGCCAGAGCGUGGCUGACCUCACCAGCCAGGUCAGCCAGAUGUGUCAGACACUGACAGAAAUACGUGAUGGGGUCCGGGCUUUCCAUAGGAUACAAGAUCCCAGUGUCAUGCCAGGGUCCUGUCUGCAAGCAGCUUGCUCUAAACAGCUCCCCGAGCCCAGUGCAGAGUCUAACCAAAACUCUCUAAAAUGGACAACUCCUGCACGGGCCACCAGGUCACGAAAAAGAAAACAUCAGUUUUAGUCUGUAUUUUACAAAGUAAAGAAG